AUGUUAACCUUCACUCCUGUUCAUGUCAAUUCUAAAACAGAUUACAGAACCAUGCCUAAACCGCAAUAUACUCAAAAGUUUCGAGACGCAUGGUUAAAGGACCCUAGUUUAAAAGAAUGGCUGUUGGUUAUUGACAGCACUUUAGGAAGGGCAGCUAAAUGCAAAUUUUGUAGUAAAAUAAUUACGAGUCAUUACGCCGACCUUAAGAGCCAUGACAAAUAG